AGGUACGCAGGGCGCCUGCGCGAGAGCCCUGCGCGUCCUCUAGGACUUUCCCAGGAGGCCGCGCGUCACUCUCGGUCAAGAUGGCGGGCCGGCCUGCUGUUGCAGCGUCAAGCAAGUGGCUCGAUGGUUUUCGAAAAUGGUAUUAUAACGCUGCAGGAUUCAACAAGCUGGGUCUAAUGAGAGACGAUACCAUGUACGAGACCGAAGAUGUGAAGGAAGCCAUAAGGAGGCUUCCUGAGAAUCUUUAUAAUGAGAGAAUGUUUCGAAUUAAGAGAGCCCUGGACUUGUCCAUGAGGCAUCAGAUCUUGCCUAAGGAGCAGUGGACAAAAUACGAGGAGGACAAAUUCUACCUUGAACCCUAUCUCAAAGAGGUUAUUCGGGAAAGGAAAGAGAAAGAAGAAUGGGCAAAGAAGUGAUCUUGCAGAUGAGAUCUAUGGGUGUGCGUGGUCUCAGCAUUUUCUAAGAGGUUGUUUCAACCUGAAUCACAACCUAAGAGUUAUUUGCUCUGCAGAUGCCUCACUUUAAAUAAAUGUCUAUUGUAACCAU